AAAUCUAAAAAAAAAAAUGUGGUUUUUAAAAAAUAUCCUUGAAGUUAAUAAUCGUGGUAAAUGCUGAUGUGUGAAUAACAAUGUUUUCUUAAUAUAUAUGUUUUCAAACAGAGGCACAAAAGUGAGUACAACUGGUAAAUUAUCAUCAAGAUAAUCAAUAUCUAUCUAUCUCUAUCUAUCUGUCUGUAUAUACAUAUAACUCUGUUUAACUCUGUUUUUAUCCCUUAAGUAAAUAUGGAAAAAUUGUAAAGGAUUUUUAUGUAUUUAUUUUAUUUGUAUUAAGGAACAUAUCCAUAUUUUCAUCCCAAUAGGAGCGAUUAUUGCUGGUCACUUAUUUUGAAAAUCUUACUUAACGUAUUAUUUUGGCUUUUGAUAGAUAAUUCAAGUUUUGAAAUGAAGUAAUAGUUUUUCUCUUAGAGGGUAAACAGUGAUAAAAUGAACUGUCUUAAAGUCAAUUAAGAGGAAACAGGUUGCAGGUUUUACAGAUGUAUUCUCUCUUUUUUCCCCUUAAUUUUCUUAUUUUGCUAUGUAUUGAAAUGUGAAUGUUUUGUGCAUAAUUUGUCCAUGACAGGAGUAAAUGUAAGCUCCACAUUAUUGCUGCUAGCUGAACACAUCUUCUGGAUUGUGUUGGAAGUCAAAGGCUUUGGCUGUUUAUCAUCCUUGUUUUUUUUUUUUUUUUUUUUCUAUACGUUCAACUAUCUGAAGUUUUGAGCCAAAACUGAUAAUUGUCACUGAGUCAGAUUUAAAAAAGAAUGCUUAAAGAUCUACGAUAAAAUAGACAUUUUUUUCUGUUAGACUGCUACAAGGUAAAGCUAAGAAGGAUAAUGAAGAUGGAAAACAUGCAAAUCUUUUAAAUCUAUUUUAUCUUCCCUCCCCUCUCCGCUGCAUCCAAACUAUAUUACACAUAGUGGCUUGACUUUGUGAGUCUUCAAUUUAAAAGAUGACCUUAAGAUUAUACCCCAUAACCCAUCAAACAAAAUAUUUUUUAAUAAAAAAGAAAAUGCACACAUAAACACCUUUCAAAUCAAGCAGAAAGCUAAAUACUUGUUUUGACAUCAGCUAUACUUUGACUUGACAACGUAUUCCUCAUGUACAUCAGACGGCUUACACAGUGCAACCUAAAGUAAAGAUAUUUUUACAUGAAAAUGGAUUAGUGUUAAUUUUUUUAAGGAAGUCUGUUUGUUUGUAACAUGUAUUGAUAAUAAAACCUUCCUAUCAGGCUCACAAAAUCAGAAAACCAUGAAGCUGUCCUAAAUGUUUCGAUCAAUGAAAGAGAUUCUACCUAGAGUUGUGAAUAACUUUUGUUUUUCUUUAUGACGUGUGCUAAAUUUUCAGCCAGAGUAGCAAAUCUUCAAAAGGAUGCUAGAAAAAAAGCAACAACAACAAAAAAAAACUCUCAUAUAAAGCAACAACAUCACUUAAUUAUUAAAAUAUUGGGAGUAAGCAAACUUUUACAGGCAUUUUUCUACCUGCAGAUAUUUAAUGUUUUCAUAAACACUAGAGCAUCUUAAUGCACAUGUGUUUAAAAGUGCAGCACCACAAUAUAGUUGCAUUUUUAUUAUAUUGUAUGCAUCUAAUGGCAUUCAAAACAUACAUUUUCCUAAAAAUUAACUAAUGCUCAUGUUAGUAAUUUUUUUUGUCUACAUCACUGUAGAUCAAUUAGAAAAAAGUAUGAAUUAAGAAUAUUCAGACAGCAAAAUUGUAUAUUUAUUUAUUUUUAUUUUACUGACAUGACUAACAUUCUAUGAAAACAAUCCUCAUACUUUGUGAUCAGGAAGCAAUAAGGAGCAAAUUGUUUUUGCAGGUAAACAUCUUGAAUGAAACAAGUUAAGUUUCAUGGACAAAACAUAAAGAAAAAAAAGAGCAAAUGCACACAGAUGCUUACACACUGCAUAAUGAAAAAAAAAAUCUAAAAUGAACCAAGUAAAGACUUUUAAAAAAAUGAGCACUUUACUGAAAAUCCAUUUGGCUUAAGACAAGCACAAUAGUUAUGCAUUUUAUAGUGAUAACAAAAUACAACAGAACAAAAUCAAUCAAAUAAAACAAUUAAGAUCUAAUUACAAUAAUGCAUGCAGAGAUUAUUCAUUUAUAAUUAUGAUUAUUAUUACCAUGUAAAAGAUAAGUUAUCAGACGUUUUUGCAGAAACACAGGAAAAUCUGUCAGAACUGUGCAAAAACUGACAUUAUUUUCUGGUUCACCCAGUUUGCUAUGAAGUUUAGUUUUCAAAACUGUGAAUGUUUUAACACAACUAGAAAAAAAUGCUUUUCAAUAAUCAAUGAACAAUCACGUUCCCCCCUAAAAUUUCACAAGACAAGACAGUAGUUACACAUUUUAAUAGUGACACAAAGUUAGUCUGUCAGACAUUACUUAAAAUAUAAACAAUCCGUCACAAGCCAGAGUACAAAAUUAAUAGCAUGGCAAAACAUUCACAUCCAUCAUAGGAGCAGAACAAAAACAACAACGAACAAACAAAAAACAAAGCGAUAAGUUGUUCAGGGCUUUGCUAGCCCUAAAAGUAAAGAACGGUGCAUUCAUUAAAACAACAAACAAAAAAAAAAAAAAAAAGGUUUUUUUUUGUAACCUAAUGCUAAAUAAGUUUUGCAACAUAUAGUGUGAAACUGCCAAAUGCCCAUGUCCCAUGAUCCUGACAGCCAGACGGUCAAAAGCAAAAAUGAUGACAACAAUGAUGAUCUACAAGGCUGACAGUCUAUGAUUCAGUGCAGAUGAAGAACAAUAGUAACUAACUCCUUAACAUACCAAAUAAACCAACAUAACCAUGUUCAGCAGCAAAACAAAAGUAACAGGUAUUUGAAAAAAAAAAACAAUAUAAAAAGAAAGAAACAUGUGACAUGUUGGAGAUAAAAUCAGUGAAGUGCAUGUGGUGUUCAUAAAACUACAAACCUCAAUUUCACAGAGAAGCUGAAGAAAGAAAACAGUAUAGGAAGUUAUAACUUCUCAUAAUUUACAAAGUUUGGGACUGAAAUGUAAAGUGCUUUAAAAUGGUGGAAAGUCGCACAAAAGUGAAGGAAAAAAUAUCUACUGCUUACUGUCAGGUUAGAAAAACAUUCAGUUUGUGCUUUUUGCGAUCAUAAUGACAUUGUUUCUUCCUUUUUGGUAAUUAACUUAAAACAUAUAAGCAGAGGCCUGCAGUACACUGAGCUAACUUUUACAACUAACUAGUAAAACCUUUAAAAAAAUGAGUUGCCCUUACAUUAUAUUCCUCUCCAAUAUUAUUGAUCACAGUUUUUGAGCAAUUUGAUAAACAGAUAAAAUAAAAGGCUUUUUUUCUUAAAUAAAAACAAAACAUAUGUUGUAAAUGCUUAUACUGUAUAGAAACAAUAGUGUACAUCCCACUUUCUGUUGUUCUAUUCCUUAAAAUAAAAUUUGAUGCUCCGUAUUUUUAAACAUAGCCUAUUUUAAAAUGAAAUAGGAAUAAUUUAUUGUAUUUUAUUUUAUUUUUUAAUUAAAGAGUGAAAUUGAUGUUUACUGAAUUAUUACGUCAUGACGUCACAAUCAGCGCGAUAGCUUGUCAGACAAAAAGGUGGAGGUCGGUGGAAAUUCUUCAUCAUAGUCCGUCUCCUCGCGUAAAAGCUCCACUUUCACGAUCUUGGAGUAUAUUUCUAUCAGAUUAGGAGGCACGUGAGCAUCGCUUCCUCUGUGAAAGCCGCGCGCGCUCUUCAUCAGCCCGUGAGCAGGAUCAGGAUGGGGUACGUGUUCCUGCUUCUGUGCGCCUCUGCCUUCAUCAACUCGGUCUUUUGCGUAACCCAUUAUUCGGUUCCUGAAGAAAUGGAGGAGGGAUCCGUGGUCGCGAAUCUGGCCGCGGACCUGGGAUUAGACGUGAAGACGCUGAAGUCGCGGAAAAUGCGCGUGGAUGUUGUGGCCAAUAAAAAAUACCUGGAGAUCAACAAAGACACCGGGGAGCUCGUGAUUUUGGAAAAAAUCAACAGGGAGUUUCUUUGUCCCCUGAAGACAACCACGUCAUGUUUUAUUAAAUUGGAGGCUACGAUUGAAAAUCCAAUCCGCAUGUUUAACAUCGAGGUGGAAAUAACUGACAUUAAUGACAACGCUCCACAUUUCCGUCGAGGGACGAUGCAUCUGGACAUUUCAGAGUCCAGUCCCGUUGGAGAGAGGUUUUCACUCAAUAAUGCCGCAGAUCCAGAUGUGGGCGCAAACUCUGUGAAAAAUUACCACCUGAGCGCCAGCGAGCACUUCUCUAUUGAGAUUCAGACAGGAAGGGACGGAUCAAAGUUCGCUGACUUGAUCCUGAAAAAGCCUUUAGACAGAGAGCAGCGGGCUGUUCACACUUUAUCCCUCACUGCUGUAGACGGAGGGGUUCCCACGCGCACGGGGACUGCCAGCAUCAUAGUGCGCGUGCUCGAUGUGAAUGACAACGCCCCUUCUUUUGACAAAGACACCUAUGUUGUGGAUGUAAUGGAAAACUCCCCGAUUGGAAGUUUAGUGAUCAAACUUAAUGCAACUGAUUUAGAUGAAGGAUCCAACGCUGAUGUCGUUUAUUCUUAUAGUUUGUACACAUCAGAGAGAACACAACAGAUGUUUCAGUUAAAUCCAGAGAAUGGAGAAAUACGAGUGAAAGAGAUGAUUAACUACGAAGAUUUGCAACUUUAUGAAAUGGAAGUUAUAGCUAGUGAUAAAGGACCGAGCUCCUUAUCUGGUCAGUGUAAAGUUAAAAUACAGGUAACAGAUAUGAAUGAUAAUCAUCCAGAACUUUCUAUCAAAUCCUUUCAGAGUCCAGUAAAAGAAAAUGUGGCUAAAGACACAGUGAUCGCUGUAGUUAGUGUGAGUGACAAAGACUCAGGGGAAAAUGGAAUAGUUGAUCUUCACAUUCCUGAUAAUAUGCCUUUCAAGCUGAGAGAGUCCUCUGAUAACUAUUAUGAAUUAGUGGUUUCAGAGGCGUUAGACCGUGAGAAGGUCCCAGAAUAUGACAUCACCUUCACUGUGACAGACAGAGGUUCUCCUCCUUUGUCUGACAAUGAAACCAUGACUUUAGAGCUGCUGGAUGUCAACGACAAUGUCCCACAGUUCCCAAAGUCCUUUUACACCAUCAGAGUGAUGGAGAAUAAUGCCCCCGGGGCCCUGCUGGAGUCUCUGAGUGCGUUUGACCCUGACCUCCAUGAAAACCAGUAUCUGGUUUACGUCAUCAUAGAGAAGGAGAUCGCUAACACCUCCAUGUCCAUGCUGUUCUCCAUCAAUCCAGAGGACGGGAAACUUUACGCGCUGAAAACCUUUGACUAUGAGAUUGAGAAGGAGUUUCUUUUCCACAUCGAGGCCAGAGACUCUGGCUCUCCUCCUCUCAGCAGUAAUGUGAGCGUCCACAUCAUCAUUGUGGACCAGAACGACAACGCUCCUGUCAUCGUGUCUCCGUGGCGAGCACACGGCUCUGUGGUGGAGGAGAAGAUUCCCAGAUCCACAGAUAAAGGCUCCCUGGUCGCCAAGGUGAUCGCUUUGGACACGGACUCUGUGCACAACUCUCGGAUUACAUACCAGUUCCUGCAGGUGACUGACGCCACCUUGUUCAGUCUGGACCAAUACAACGGAGAGAUCCGGACCAUGAGGAUGUUCAGUUACAGAGACCCGCGCCACCAGAGACUGGUUGUUGUUGCCAAGGACAACGGGGAGCCGGCUCUCUCUGCUACAGUCACCAUCAAGCUGUCCACAGAGGAGACUGCUGUUAAGGCCUACUCUGACAUGACUGAGGUGCCUCUGGAAUACGACAUCUUCUCAGACCUUAACUUGUAUCUGGUGAUUGGUCUGGGCUCGGUGUCCUUUCUCCUGCUCAUCACCAUCUUGGUCACCAUCGUGCUGAAGUGUCAGACAGCCAAGCCCAGCAAACUAGCUCCUCCCAGCAGGAACAGUGUGAUCAGUGAGAGGAACUCCACCAUCGCAGACUCCACUCUGGUGUCCAACGAUGCCUACUGGUACAGUCUGUUUCUGGCAGAGACCAGGAAAGGGAAGCUGGUGGUUAGACAGCCUGUGCCAAAGGGCUCCAGAUACAUCGUGUCCAGCAUUCCAAGAGGGACAGGACUCACAGACACUAGUGACUCAGCUGCUUCCACUCUGCAGGCAUCCACCACCAGCAGCAGCAGUUCCACUUGAAGCUGUUCCCCAAGCUGUCUUUAGUAUGGAGGUAAACCGAAAACUAUUCAUGGAAAAUGAGAAGAUGUCCUCAUCAGCAACCAGCCCACAUCCACAGCCCGUAUCCACUUUGCUCAGUCUGGUCCUCGUUCUUUACUCCGUGUGUGGUCGUCACGCUGUCAUAUCAACAACUAAAAGCUAAGAAGUUAUAUCGCUUCUCCCAUGUUCUGUGAGCCAAUGAAAACAAGUCAGCAAUAGCUCUGUGUGGCUUCAUGAUGCAUGAUGAGACUGCAUGACUUCAACCUCCUGUAGAACUGUCGGGCAAAAAGGACACAAAUGGACAAGCUGUUAACGGAAAUGUACCAGAGAAUAUUCCAAGAAGCCAAAACAAGGACUGUUGGAGAAGAGUCGGGAAUGUCUAAAUGCCUUUAAAAGUUUAUCCUGUGCUUUAACUUGUUAUUUAACUGCAUUAAUGUUUGACAUAUGUAAACUUAAAAGUAACAUAGCACAAAUAACAGAAAUGCUGAACGACCAACACACAUUAAACACGCAAGUAACAGUGAAUUGUUUUAUAGAUGUAAAAAUGUUUAACAUGUUCAUUGAUAGUGUGCUUUGCAAAUGACCAAGGCCUACAUACAAGAACAAGAGUGCCAAGUUCAGGAAAAGACCCACAAUUGAUGGCCUUUAGCAAUCAUGCCUUUCAUGUUUUCUGCAUGAAGUUAUCAUUGUACCUUGAUAGUUUUUGAUGUUUUGAAGUGUUAAACAUAUCCUUUUUACACUAAAAAGGCACAAUAGAAGUUUGAAUACAGGGUGGAGGAAUGCAUUUUAUUGCACCCAGAAGAAAAGAAGUUAUUGUUCAACUUGAUGUAUUUUUUAUUCAUUUAUGCAAAAACAGCAAGCUGAAGGUGCAUACUGGGUGUGAAUGUUUUGCUGGAUUCUAUUAGAGAAAACAUCUUGAGGUUUAGAGUGAAAAACUUUUCUGAAAUACUGUAAAUACACUUGAAGCACCAAUUUCAGGUUUAAAAGUCCCAAUCCCAGCUCUAGGUGUUUUUCUCAUUCAGUAUCUUCUACAUUUAUGAAAACUCAGUACCAGACAUUCAUAUCACCAGUGUACUCUUUUUGUUCUUUUCACCCAGUCUACUCUGUUCAUGCUUAUCAAGGAUUGCUGUACUAUCUGUAUACCCAGCACAUGUUGUAUAUUUCAUCAUAUGUUUUUCUUUACCAAAUUGCCUUUUAUUUUCAGUAUUGUGCCAUUACAUAUAUUUAUUGUAAAAAAAAGAAGUGUGUCAUUUGAUUCUGUAUGAAAGAAGUGAAAAAUCAACAACACAAUCAUUUAGUCGAAACAUUUAGCACUGCUUACAUUGUGUGUCUCUCGAGAUGUUAAAAUCUGUUUCAGCCAAAAGAAAACUAAAAUAAUAACCAUAAGGUAUGGAAUUUUGUGUUGUGUAACCACCAUGGUAGAACAUGUAGUCAGUUCUGUAUUGCGACUUGUUGUGAUCUGAUCAGUAUGAACUAUUAAAUUUAAAGAGAAAAGGG